UAAUUAUUGAUUCUUCAAUUAACAUACCUGGACCAUCGAAUACAAGUGUAUAUUCCUGUAGUAUACAACAAAAACCUUCUCAAAAAGAUGUGAAUAUGGAUAGGUUUAAUGCAAAUUGUAACACAAGUAUAGAUAAACAGACAUUCAAUACCGCUGAUCAUUGUACAUGCUGCCCUAAACGUAAAAACUAUAAUGAAACAUUCCGGAAGAUCUUUAAAGAAUUAUUUUUACUACGAGAAUUUACAAAAGAAUGCUGCGAGGAUGUAAAAGUUACAUUUCUCCAAAAAUGUAAUGCAGCUACAAUAGACGGGGGUGAGCCCACAUUUUUAAGCACUUUCCAUUUUCCCUUGCAAAGUGUUGAAGAUUUGAACGAAGUGGAACAAUAUCUCGAACAACCGAAUCGUUUUCAAUCCACGGUAAAAGAAUUUUCAAAAAUGGGUGGAACUACUCCGUACGAUUUUGUUAAGCGAUGCUUGUCGCUUCUUUUAUCUAACAGAUUAGCUGAACAAUAUUCAUGGCACGGUGCUAAAAAGAAGCAAAUAUUUGGAAAACUUUCUCUUGCAAAUGUAUUGCAAGAAAGUGCUCUUCAGUGUAAA